AGCGGGCGCCCUGCGGGGCCGUCCUUGAGGACCCCGGGCGCGGGCGGCCGCGGCGCUGCCUGAGGAGCCGCCGCGCCGGGGCGGGCCGCCAGCCAGCUCCCGCCUCAGGCGCCCGCCGCGGGCGCCCCGCGCCGCCGGGGCCCUCGGCGCCACGUCCCGCCGGGGCGGCGCCGGCCUUAAAGGCGCAGCGCGGGCGGAGCAUGGCGGCGCGCUGGCUGUGGCUGCUGGCGCUGGCGCCCUGGGCCGGGCCGCGCGCCGCGCCGCCGCCGCCCGACGCCGAGGUGACGUUCGUGCUGCCGGCGGGGCGGCGGGAGUGCUUCUACCAGGGCGCGCCCGGCAACGCCUCCAUGGAGGCCGAGUACCAGGUGAUCGGCGGAGCCGGGCUGGACGUCGACUUCUCCCUGGAGAGCCCCUCGGGGCUGCUGCUGGUCAGCGAGUACCGGAAAUCGGACGGGGUGCACACCGUGGAGCCCACGGAGGCCGGCGACUACAAGCUCUGCUUCGACAACUCCUUCAGCACCAUCUCGGAGAAGCUGGUGUUCUUCGAGCUCAUCUUCGACAGCGCCCAGGACGACGACGACGCGGACAACUGGGUGGAGGCGGUGGAGCCCGAAGACAUGCUCGAUAUCAAGAUCGAGGACAUAAAGGAGUCCAUCGAGACCAUGAAGAGCCGCCUGGAGCGGAGCAUCCAGAUGCAGACGCUGCUGCGAGCCUUCGAAGCGCGCGACCGCAACCUGCAGGAGAGCAACCUGGGCCGGGUGAACUUCUGGUCGGCGGUGAACCUGGGCGUGCUGGUGCUGGUGGCCUUCCUCCAGGUCUACAUGCUGAAGAGCCUCUUCGAGGACAAGAGGCGGGUGCGGACGUAGGCGGCGGCGGCGGGGACGGGACUCUGCUCCCCGCGGGGACGGCACGGGGCCGGGGGGCGCCGGCGGAGGAACGCACGCCCCUCCGCCCGCCCGCACCUCAAACUGCUGCUUCCGCCCCCGCCCUGGCCGCGGGGAUUAAAACAGGCCGGCUUCCCA